AUGCGUAUUUUUGAUUACAUUAUCGGUUGCGUGAAUAUUCACGAUCAUAGAAUAUACGGAUAUAGCCCUCCAAAGUCUCAAAAACCUGAUCUGAUCAAAGCCUUGCGCGGGGAACCAAUUCUGUACAAAGAAGCUCUGGAGGUUUUUGCCAAGAACUUCCUCUUUCGUUUGUCGCUCCCAGAAGAUUUAGUUGGUAACAAGAUCCCGUUUCAGUGGAUUCGACAACUUUCAUUACGGUAUGUUACUGCACGUCUCACAAAAGGAUUUUACUAAAGUUUGAUUAGAAGCAAGGAAAAAGUACCAAAUCUUCCCGAAACUCAACCCUACGUAUACCAACGUAGAGACUUACGAUCCUAUGCCUUCUCUCUAUCCGACAAACAGAAGUAUCCGUAUUUCCCCGCUCUCGUUGACUUACACAUGUCGAUUGAUGUCUACGGCAGAGACUAA